CAGCCGGAAGUGGGGACGGGUUUCCUUGUGGCCUCUUAGCAACGCGAGGGGUCAGGUGACAGCAUCAGCUGACUCCGGUGGAGGAAGGCCCUGCGGCAGCCAGUUCUGGAGGUGUUGCCGUCCCGAUUGCCCGGCCGGGGUCCCGAACCGAACUGUCACCGUCAGGAUGUCGGGCAAAGACCGGAUAGAAAUCUUCCCUUCGCGAAUGGCACAGACCAUCAUGAAGGCUCGAUUAAAAGGAGCACAGACUGGUAGAAACCUCCUGAAGAAAAAGUCUGAUGCCUUAACUCUUCGAUUUCGACAGAUCCUGAAGAAGAUAAUAGAGACUAAAAUGCUGAUGGGUGAAGUGAUGAGAGAAGCUGCCUUUUCAUUGGCUGAGGCCAAAUUCACAGCAGGGGAUUUCAGCACCACAGUUAUCCAAAAUGUAAACAAAGCCCAAGUGAAGAUCAGAGCAAAGAAAGACAAUGUAGCAGGUGUUACCUUACCAGUGUUUGAACAUUACCACGAAGGAACUGACAGUUAUGAACUGACUGGUUUAGCCAGAGGUGGGGAGCAGCUGGCUAAACUAAAGAGGAAUUAUGCCAAAGCAGUGGAACUACUGGUGGAGCUAGCUUCCCUGCAGACUUCCUUUGUUACUCUGGAUGAAGCCAUUAAGAUAACCAACAGGCGUGUAAAUGCCAUUGAACAUGUCAUCAUUCCCCGGAUUGAACGCACCCUUGCCUAUAUCAUCACAGAGCUGGACGAGAGAGAGCGAGAAGAAUUCUAUAGGUUAAAGAAAAUACAGGAGAAGAAAAAGAUUAUCAAGGAAAAAUUUGAGAAGGACUUGGAGCGGCGGAGAGCAGCUGGAGAGGUGACAGAGCCUGCCAACCUGCUGGCUGAAGAGAAGGACGAGGACCUGCUGUUUGAGUAGCUGCCCUCUUCUGCUCCCUUCAGACCCAGCACCAGCUCCAUUGUAACUCAGUGUGUAGGUUCGGUAUGUGUGGAUAUUUAUUUGGCAUAAGAAUUUCCCCGGCUGUAAGAGUUAUCAGGAUGCCCCCAUGAGACUAUUUUUCCUGCAUAAUAACUCAGCAACCACUUAAUCACAGUUGAAUGAGAUUUGUAAAACCUGCCCAGCAACUCAAAGAAUUUCUUCUGUGAAAGUGUCUUAUGAUUCUAUUUAUAGUAGUUUGACUAAAAACUUUAGGAAGUACUUAUUAAAAACAUUCAUGGUCUCAGCCAGUUGCUGUGACAGCCUUCAUUCCUACCCACUUGCAACCUUGCCACUGUUGUGUGAGACCACAAAGCCAUUGUUGUGUUACUGUGGACUCCUCAGCUCUACACUUAUUUUUCUUUGCACGACAAGUCUGUGUAACAGGCAGUUCUCCCCAUUUAAAUGUGACUUGUGAACAUAGUAAAAUGAUUUAAAAAACA